UUAGAAAGAAUAUCGACAAAAUUCUACAUAAGAAACCUCUAAGGCAAAAAGAUUAAGGGGCAAAAAAAUUAAUCUUAUUAGGGUUCUAUUUUGAGAUACCUAUGAAACCCUAUAAAUCUGUGGCGUGCUAUCAUUGAUUCCUAUAAAAGUAACAUUUCAUCACAUCACGUUUAUAUACGUUGAAUUAACCAUGUUGACAUCACCACUAUGUGUUUUCAUUGUACUUACAAAUAUACUGAUAUUAUGUUUGAGUUAUCCUGGUAAAAUAUUGGGUCCUGGAAUUCCUAUAUUUAGAAAAUUGGAGCCAUGCACACCACCUACAUCGGAUGUUGAUAUAUCAGUGACACAAAGAAAAUAUAAUCGCUCAACUAAUGUGUUUGAUGUGUCCAUCAUAACUCCGUGGCCACUGGGAGACACCAUCACUUUGGAGUUGUCAGCUUCGAUAAAGAAACAAGGAGGGUACAAACCAGGGUACUUCUAUUUAAAAGAUACAUUUUGUACUAUCAUAGAAACUAUUUUCAACGAUGUGUUCAAAACAUUUUUGGAGGUCAUAGAAGUGGAAGAUUGCCCUAUACCAAAUGGCACGUACAAAGUUAAAGAUUUUUAUUUGGACAGCCAAGAAAUGCCAAAGGAUGUUCUUUAUGGGGAAUAUAAAACAGAUGCAAAAAUUUACAGGAAUGAAGUGCUUAUAGGAUGUUAUGUUGUAUACUUGGAUUUUGAACCCAAGGAGUAAUUAAGUAUUGUAUCCAUGUAAUCUAUGAUAUAAUAUUAUAAUGUUAUCUUGAAAA